AUGGCCAGAAGCGCAGCUGGACUCUGCUUGCACUUGUUUCUCGCAGACGCUGCCUGCGGUGGUGGUGGUGGUGGUGGUGGUGGUGGUGAUGAUGCUGCUGCUGCUGCUGUGACGCCGAGGCUCGCGGCAAUGCAGCGUCAUGGAUGGCGAGGCCGCCUCUCGUGCACGCCUCUUCACCCACGCACCCUAUCCACCGACACGGCGAGGCGCGCACUCGCUGCUCGCACCCGCAGUCACAACCACCACCACAACCGCCGCCAACGGCCAUUGGCCCGUCCCCCUCUGCAAACGGCGGGCGUGGGCAAAGGGGGGCGCAAAAGGGUCGUCUUUGAGUUUUGGCUUUGUCUCUCUCUGGCCACGGCGACGACGCACACUCUCUGCUCUCUCGCUCUCGCAGCCAGGCGUGCCCCAGCCUAG